UGAUUGGAUUAGAAUCUGUUACCCUUUCCCCUCUAACCCGGUGAUGUUGGCUGUUUCCUGCUCCUUCUAGUCGGCUGCAGCUGGAGCCUUUGAGUGCUGCUCAGCAAGGAGCAAACGCUGGUCACAGAUCGGACAUCUCAAGCUUUAAUCAAAACAAGCGAGCCUUAGCCCCGCUGAUUUUUCACAUUUAAUUCACAGCGAUGCGGAGAAAAUCAAGGAUAUUAUUAUGUUUCGCCGUCCUUUGGGUACUUGGCAUAGCAUACUAUUUCUACUCGGGAACAACGUUGAACCGAAAGGAUGACUGGAGGGACAUGGAUGCGCAGGCACAGAGCAACGUAGACGAGAAAUCCCAAGGGUUAGAAACCCUUCCACCAGGCAAGGUGAGGUGGCAGGACUACGACCAGGACCUGUAUGUGGGGGCAACGGUGGUGCGGCCGGGGCAGGACCCCUACGCCCGAAACAAGUUCAACCAAGUGGAGAGCGACAAACUCCGCAUGGACCGGGGAGUCCCCGACACUAGACACGAUCACUGUCGUCGGCAACAGUGGCAAAAAGACCUGCCAGCAUCCAGUGUGGUGAUCACCUUCCACAACGAAGCCCGAUCAGCCCUAUUGCGUACGGUGGUCAGUGUGCUGAAGAAAAGUCCCCCACACCUAAUCAAGGAGAUAAUCCUGGUGGACGAUUACAGUGACAACCCUGAAGAUGGGGCUUUAUUAGGGAAAAUGGAAAAAGUCCGGGUCCUUCGAAACGAUCGCCGAGAAGGUCUGAUGCGCUCGCGGGUGAGGGGGGCAGAUGCUGCCACGGCCGGGGUCCUCACCUUCCUGGACAGCCACUGCGAGUGCAACGAACACUGGCUGGAGCCGUUACUGGAGCGUGUGGCAGAGGACCGGACACGGGUUGUCUCCCCCAUCAUUGACGUGAUCAACAUGGAUAACUUCCAGUAUGUGGGAGCGUCUGCGGAUCUCAAAGGAGGCUUUGACUGGAACCUGGUCUUCAAGUGGGACUACAUGACCCUGGAUCAGCGGCGAGCUCGCCAGAGCAACCCCAUCGCCCCCAUCAAGACCCCCAUGAUCGCUGGUGGUCUGUUUGUCAUGGACAAACCCUACUUUGAGGAGCUGGGGAAGUAUGACAUGAUGAUGGACGUGUGGGGAGGGGAAAACCUUGAGAUCUCGUUCCGUGUGUGGCAGUGCGGCGGGAGCCUGGAAAUCAUCCCCUGUAGCCGUGUCGGCCACGUCUUCCGGAAGCAGCAUCCCUACACCUUCCCAGGAGGCAGCGGGACUGUGUUUGCCAGGAACACAAGGCGAGCAGCUGAAGUGUGGAUGGACGAGUUUAAGAACUUUUACUACGCAGCCGUGCCUUCAGCCCGAAACGUGCCCUAUGGCAACAUCCAAAGCCGUAUGGAGAUGAAGAAGAGGUUGGGUUGCCAGUCCUUCAAGUGGUACCUGGAGAAUGUUUACCCAGAGCUACGAGUGCCUGACCACCAGGACAUUGCGUUCGGGGCUCUACAGCAGGGCAGCAACUGCCUGGACACACUGGGCCACUUUGCAGACGGGGUGGUGGGCAUCUACGAGUGCCAUAACGCCGGAGGCAAUCAGGUACCCUUGCGAGCAAAGGAGUGGGCCUUAACCAAGGACAAGUCGGUGAAGCACAUGGAUCUGUGCCUGACGGUGGUGGAACGCACGGCAGCAUCGCAAAUCAAACUGCAAGGCUGCAGGGAAAACGACAGCCGGCAGAAAUGGGAGCAGAUCGAGAGCAACGCCAAGCUGCGGCACGUGGGCAGCAACUUGUGCCUGGACAGCCGGGGGGCCCGCACAGGGGGGCUCACUGUGGAGGUGUGCAGCCCCUCGCUUACACAACAGUGGAAGUUCACCCUCAAUCUGCAGCCCUAGGCCCACCUCUCCACCUCUCCACCUCUCAUCCCUCCCAUCCUUUCAUCCUCCCCCUCCCCUCCUUAUCUCCUUUCCCUGUCUUUCUCUCUAUCCACCCUGGUAAGGCCUUGUCAGGGCUGCCUAUUGGGCCACACAGGACACAGCACCAAAUUGUGGGACCUGAGCACCAGCCCUGGGCCCCUAUGGUGCGGGGGCAUCUGAUGAGCGACGAAACAGCAUUGGAGCAUAUGAAAAACAGUGUGUGUGUUGAAGAUUUCCCAUCCAACUAUAUACCUCAUUGUUUUAAAUUUUGGUCCAGUUUCUUGGAAAAGUGAAUCUACAUUCUUUUUUUUUUCCCCUUUUGGGUUUUUAUUAUUUCCUUUGAGUUCCUUCUUUCUGACGCAAUUUAAGAUGGAAAAAUCACCUUGAUGGAUUUGUUUGUUUGUUUUCUAGUCAAUCUUUUUCUAUCUCACUAUUUUUGUCCAUUGAAUUUCCACCAUAUUUCUGAAAGAAAGAACACAAUCUUUUUUUUCUUAUUUUUAUAUUUUCUUUCCUUCACAAGUAACUAAUAUUGUCGAAUGUAAAGAAAAAACAAACUCUGAACCAUCUCCAUUGAGGCUCCCGCCCGGCACUCUACAGCCGACCGGAGCUGAUCGCAGGUAGUUGUUCUUUCAGCACACUUGGGGUUGGUUCCUUCGAUUGGUUCUGGGAGUGUUCCGGCUGCCCAAAGGGAGAGAACUCUAUAACUGAGCACAAAUCUCCCUCUCAGACUUUGACGAAGGUUGGAGCACUUGGCCUGCUUUUUUGCGUGUGGGGUGGAGGGAUUUGGGGAACAGGAAGUUCCGAGUUUGAAGUCAGUGGACUCGCUGGAAUUCAUGGGAAUGGGGCAAAAAGGGAGGGUGGGGUUGGAAAAAAGACUAACAUUGUUUUCUACAAUUUAUACCAAGGGUCAUUGUAUUUUUUUGUUGUUUUUUUUUAAGUUUCUGUCUGGUAUUGAUGGACGGGGGAAAAGAUAAGGUGCAAUGUCAGUCACAAUGAGAACGACGUCCUCCCUGCCAGUCCCUUCUGAUCCAUGGGGGGGAUGGAGGGCGGGGCCUUGGGGAGUGUCCAGGAAGUAGAUUCGCUGCUGGGUUCUCUGGUGGUGCAGCACUGGAUGCUACCACUGUAUGUGUGUGUAUGUGUUACGUCCUCUUCGGUCCCCUUCAGCAAAUUUACUCAAACAUUAAAGACUGAACAGGGGAAAAAAAGAUACACAAUGUAUUUAGAUUCAUUUUGUCUAUUUCCCCUCUUUGUGUAUGCUUUGAAGGAACUAAGAGAAAACAAAACAGGAAAGCAGUGUAUUGUCCCAAUUUUGUCAUCAUUGUUCUCUCCAUGGACUCCUUAAAGGAGAUGCUCCUUUUUUGUCUGUUUGUUUGUUACAUCAUGUAAAAGAAUCAAGUGAUUAUUACAAAUCAGUAAAUUUGAACUGAUGGUUCCGUAUAUUCUCUUAUUCCUUUCUGACUGUGUUGGUGUAAGUCGUGUCAACUUGUUUUAUUUUUCUGCCCUGUACUCCGUCUUGUGUCGGUGUUCCACUCUGUGAGCACAUCUUGUCGGCCAGAUACAAAGACUGUUUGGGCCUGCAGGCUUCUGUGCAGAGUAUAUUUCAUCCUAUUUUCUGUACCCAGAAGGUUCUAGAGGGUGAUUUUACAUGAGCGAUUAUUAUUAUUAUUAUUAUGUCUUGCACUCGUAUGACAUAAUUGCAGUCUUUCUUUUAGUUUGUUUUUCUUUAAUUCAACAGUCUGAACCAAGAGGUCUUGUGACCUGGUGAUCGCAUAUAGUACCAAUACUUGACUAUCUUAUUUGUUUCUCUCUCUCUCUCUUUUUUGUUUUGUUAUGUAUGUUUGUUUGUUUGUUUGUCAACACCUCAAACUUUCUCUGUGUGUUCUCCCAAUGACUUAAGGUGAUUGCCUUUUAACAGAUAUCCAUUAUACUGUAAGCGGAGACAGACGUGACUGUGAUUUGUUGAGGACUUGUUGUUAUUUUAUUUGUCCCCUGGUAACCUCUCUGCAAAGGAAAGCAUAGCUCACUGCUAGUCUGUAGGGCACAGAAGGGAGAAAAGCAAUAAGAUUUCCUCGCUCUUGUCGAUGUUCCGUCUUUCAUUUUUUUUCCUUUGUCAUCCUCCAACCACCCACCUACAGUCUCGUGUCUCGCUCAGAGAUGAUGGCACAGCCCAACACCUAACAUGGCUUGUAAAACAUGCGGUACCUAACGAUGGAUUUUGGUUUGCUCUCGAUGACCUGGCCGAAAUCCUCUUUAAAUGUGAUUGAAGCAGGACGUGUAGAGGCAGUUAUCCCUCCAUAGUCGUGUUACUAUGAUAGAUAUAUUUUUUUUUAAGUCUGAGUUGGGAUAUCCCAACAUCAUUGUAAUUAAUUUAUUCUAGAAUAGCGAAUACUAUACGAUGUGACAUUCACUUAUGUUUUUUUUCUUUGGCUAGCCCCUCUUCUUUGUAUGACAGUAAUACUGUGUGUUUAGAAAUAACUCUCUGAUCACCUGGACAUAAUCCCCUCUCACUCGCUGUACAAGUCUGUUGCGAGAGACAUAUAAUUCCUGAAGCCACCCAUACCUGUAUCGUUUUCAUAUUUCAAAUUACCUUUUCAACAGGGUAAUGCUAAAUUGUAGAGGUUCUAAGUAUUAGAACAAAUGAAUGAGUAUAUAAAUAUGUUGAUCAAAAUGACCACAAAAGGAGAGAAAAAACAGCUGUUGAACUGAAACUUGCAGUUGAUUUAAUAUAAAUUUGCCUCAAAGGAUGUAGAACUUUUCCUGUUGUUUCCAUGGCUGAAGUGCUUCAAACUGUCCCAUGAUGCACUACUAGCUACAAGAAGAGCAGAAAGGGACAGUCAAACAAAAAGAACGACACAUUUUAUUGAGUCCCCCCCUCCCUAACACCCACCACCACCACCAGGAGGCCAAACAGAAGAGUGUGUUUUUCACACCACGUCUCCAUCACUUUAUUUUUGGACAACAGGAUUUUUAUAAGAAAAUAAAGAAAAUACAAUCAAUGUUUGUUGCCCUUAUCAAAUGGAAGCAAACAGAUGGUGGUAAACUAGAUGAUAAUCCACAAAUGACGAUGGUGUCCUUUUUAAUCUUAAAUUGGAUCUAAUGUUUACAUUUGCACAGUGUGCCAAAGUUAUUUACGGUUUAAUUUACAUUUGUCAAUACAUUUGUAUUAAAGAUUAGACCAUGUGAAAUUCAUAUGUAAUGGGAGAUGUCGAAUUUUUGAUGUAAUACACAAAAUCAUAAUUUCAAAACAAUGCAUUUUGAAGUGUUAUUUUCUAUGUUUUGAUUAUUUUUUCCAAAUAGACCCGCGGUAUUGUAAGGAAACUGUCGUAUCCAAUGGGAAAAGAAGACCGUGUGGAGAAUCACCAUUUGUAAAUGUGUAUAUGUGUGUAUAUACAAUCUGUAUGUCCAUGCAUGUACAUACACACACAUAAACUUGCAGUCUAUAGUGAAUUGGUCUACUGUACAGAGCUUGUAACUGUUCAUUGUUUUAUAGAUAUGCCGAAAAAAAAUACUUUGAAUGAGGAAAACGAGAUAACUUAAAUAAAUGGGUUUAUAUAAAUAUAACUAUAUAAUUAA